AUGAACUCUCUUCAUAUUGAAUAUGAUCCCCGGGUGAUCAAUUUCAGGCAACUUUUGGAGGUCUUCUGGUCUAGCCAUGACUCUAGGCAAGUCUUUAGUCAAGGCCCUGAUGUUGGCAACCAAUAUAGAGUCAAGAUUGGCUGUAGUGAGCAAAGAGAGAGAGAGCAAGCUAAGUCGAGGGGUAGAAUUGUAACUACACAAAUUCAACAGCUUGAAAACUUUUAUCCUGCAGAACCUGAACACCAGAAAUUUGAGCUAAAACGAAACCUAUUCCUUGUUCAAGUGAUUGGAAAUUUGGUGGAAGAAGAAUUGGAGAAAUCAAGAUUGGCAGCAAAGCUAAACGGGUAUGCAUCAGAGUUAUGUCCAUCAAGAAUCCAAACCCGAAUCGAUGGAAAACUUAAUGAAAUUAUCAGAAAAUGGUGUCCAAUUUUAAGACAAGUGUAG